CCUCGCGCAAACUCUUGUAGUUCCAUCCAACUCUGGAAAAGGCGUUCAUGACGUCCAGGUUACUCGAGCAGGUAAAGGCUUCCGGCAAAUUCUAAGAUUCAGCACUUCUGACAAUGUUGGCAGUCAACGCUUCCACCGUCCUCGACACUCGAGACAAGUAUGGCCCGCAGGAUCUCCCUCCUGGGCACCAUGUCUGGUGUUCAUGUGGCUCUAUUCUGGAUGGAACGAGCUACAAUAACGCAAGGACCCAACUGUCCGACAAGUUCCACCAAAUCAAAACAAAAAAUAAACUUUCUGGAGGCGAUGAUAUCACUAUCGUUGUAAGAGAUGUUGUUGCCUUUGCGUGUUCAGAAGCAGACCAGGGCGGUAGCUUGAGAAUUGGAGCAUGGUGGUUGACUUUAUUCACGAGAAGCAUUCAGAAGCUUUGCGGCGAUCACUCUACAGGCACCUAUUGGAUAUUUACAGGGGGCCACGCAGUCAUGUACGGAUUUAAGCAUGAUGAUGGGAAGGACGCUUGCAGCAAUGUGCCGGCCUUGAGUCCAAAUACUUGCAAUCAUCCUCCAUUGAAAGACGAAUCACCAAUGCCGCCGGAAGAUAAACGCUCUACAUCGAAUGUCACCAGUGGGCUUGGCACCCGAGACGUUCAUACCCACUGCGGAUGUGGCUUCAACAUGGAUGAAUCAGCUGCUAAGAACGCAGUUGAUACACUACGAAAACAAGUUGAUAAGAACCGAUAUCUCGCAAGUGUCAGCACCACCGGCAUUUCUGGGGGUGUCAUUGCUUUCAUAUGUAUACCUGUAGGAUUCGUCAGCCAGAAGGUCUAUGUAGACCCUGACAAGUAUGAUUAUUAUUUCAAAGAAAUUAAAGGCGCUUGUUGGGAAAUCAUUGCAGGAACUUACUCUGACAGUUUUGGGGCUGAAGGGGAUAUCAAUUAUGGUUAUAUGCGAUAUUCUCCCGGAAUGGAAUUGCGAGUGUGCGAUAACCCGGCUUCGGCUUCUGCACAGAAUUGCCCUAAAUGAAUGCAACGUUAGCGGGGUGUUUGAGGGAUAGCUUCUGGAGAGGUCUGGGGUAUGAGUGAUGUCGGAGUUCUGGUGGGUCUGUUCAGUACGCAUGGGAGCAAGCCUCGUUGGUUUUCAGAACGUUGCUUUGUAGUUAGCUAAGUCAAUACAAAAAAGGUGAUGUUUAUACAAUGUUUGGUACUAGCUCUGGCUCUGGUGAAUCCUCGGUCAGACAUAUGCUUGUUCUGAGGGAACGGGAAACCCCUCGUUCUAAGAUUGAUGUUGACUCAAAAACAAAGCUCAAAAAAAAAAAAAGACUUGCUCAAUAG